AUGGUGGUCUUUGUUGACUUGGAAGACGACGUCCCUGACGAUCCCCACGCCGAUCCCAAUGAACCCCGCGGGUUCUCAUCUCUCCGCAAGCACCAUCUCGGAGACAGGUCGACGGCGGAGGUGACGGCCAACGGCGACGAUGAACACGUCGAGGAAAGGCCCAAUCCCAACAUCAACAGCUUCUCGGCAGCCCUGGGCGCCUAUCCCAUCGUCACCCAACUAGCCCACAACGUGGACCUGAACACUCUCGACGCCCUGUCACGUACAUGCCGUCAGAUCCGCGCUAACCUGCUGCAAUACCGCACUCGCCUCGUGCAGCAGACGCUCCGCUGCGAAAACGAGUUCCGCGAUGCCAAGUCCUCCGAACGCGAGAAGCCGGGGCAGAAAUGGCAUAUACUAGGCGAGGCGGGACAUCUGGUCUCUGGCAAAGUGUCAGCUUGUGCGAGGGAUCUGGUCAGCGAUUGUCGGCGGUGCGGGAGGAUCGUUUGCCGCAACUGCACAUCCAAACCCCCACCCCCCUCGUCCCUCCCCUCCCGCCACCGCCGCCUCUGCCCCUCCUGCCUCUCCGCCCCCCUCUCCCUCCUCGCCUCCUCCGCCUCCUCCCCCUGCGCCUGCACGACCAGCAUCCACCUCUGCGCCCCCUGCGGCGCCAGUCUCGCAACCGCGGACACGACGUACCGCCGCGUGUGGACGUGGCGCACGCGGUUCGCGACCAGUUAUGGGGGCUUGGGGACCGGGAUCGGGGAGGGGAACGAGGGCGUCAAGUGCGCGCGGGGGAGGGGGUGUCAGGGGGCGGUGGAUGUGGAGGUGGAGUUUGAGUGCGGCAGCGGCGGGAGCAGGAACGGGAGUGAUGGUGGUUUGAGCGGGGGCGGUGAUGGUGGUGGUGGUGGGGGGGUGAGGGAAGGCGGUGAGAGUCCGUGGGGAGAAAAGGACGAGGCGGGGUAUUUGUGGCAAGAGAUUGAGGGCUUGGGGGGGGUGGUCAAGAAGAAGGUCAGGAAGAGGGAGAGGGUUGGGGCCACGGUGAGGGAGUGGGAGGAUGAGAGGGAGGGGAGGGGUGAGGUUUUGGGGAGGGAGAAGAGAGGGGUGGAGAGGAGCUGGUGCGGGUGGUGUGGGAGGGUCGUGCUGGGUGGGAGAGACCUGCUGGAAGAAGAAGCAGCGCUGCGGAAAUUGAUGAUCUGA